AUGCAUGCUGUCAGGCCCUCUGAACGACAUGCUUCUCGAAAUUUCCAGUACGCUGACAAAUGGGUUCAUGUGCUUUUCGAUCAACAUGGAAUACCAUACCGUAUUAGAUUAAGUCAAGGCAAUCCGCAUAUAACUGAAGACGAUUACAACACACGCAAUGUUAAGAAAUACUUGGAAUUUAAAGAUGGUAUAUUUUUUGUUGUAACCACGAUGGAGCUUAAUGGCCAUACGCUUAUUGCAAGAGUUGACAAUGCACAAGGGUUUAAUCAACAAGGAUUUCCAACGCCAGGUCCACGACGAGCUGGGCACACCAGAAUGUUUGGAAGAGAAAUUAGUGUAUAUCGAGAUGAGCGUACUCAGGAAAUAAUGAGCAUGAGAUUUACAGAUCGAAAUAUAUGUCCAACUGAAGCGCAGUGUCGUCAGUAUCAAAUUACAAUUGAAACACGUCGGUUUGGUAGAACUGGAAAAGCCAUUAGAUAUUACAUAUUAAAGAGCGGAUACUAUAUGGGAAUCGAGUUCAUAUCAAUUGAGUAA